AUGAGAAGCGUAAACGACAGCGUCGAGACCGUCAACGCCGCUGCUACAGCCAUCGUCUCCGCCGACUCCAGAGUCCAACCUACCGCGGUUCAGGCGCCAUCGCCGCAAAAUCCUUACUACAACGUAGCCCAGCCAGCUGGCUACCCUAACAGUGCGUACAAUUAUAAUGCUCAGCCGGCGUACGGUCAGGCUCGGUACGGCGAGGGAAGCGGUGCGUAUUACGGGCAAGAGGAAAAGAAGAAGAGCAAGUUCGGAGGGAUGGGAACAGGAUUGGCUGUGGGUGCGGUUGCAGGGGCUUUGGGUGGGCUGGCGUUAGCGGAGGGUGUGGAUGCGCUGGAGGAUCAUUUCGAAGAUAAGGUGGCGGAGAAAGUUGAAGAAGAUCUCGGAUACGAUGAUGGUGGUGAUGAUUUCUAA